UUAUUCCUACGGUACACCGAGCACACUGUUUUAUGAAUUUUUAAUGCUGCUGACGCUCAGCUCAGCUGAGAUACCUGAGCUCUAUCACCCCCCCACUCUCAAAACCUAGCUAAUGCUUACGCUUCAUCCCCCCAGUCCCCUUCACUUUCCCAAUUUUUAUUAAGUUUUGUAAUUAUUUUAGCGAGCAACUUGGGUUGGGUUUUCUUUAUAAUGAAAAUUUUGUUCUGAGCCUUAUCUUGCAGUUUCUAGAUAUGGGUAUCAACCUUUUCACGCCUCAGCGCUAGUUUUUCUUUGCGAGUUUGCUUCCUGCUGCAGUUUCUAGAGAUGUGUAUGUUUUGUUUUGACUCCUAGAGAGGUAAUCAUCUGGAUUUUUGAAUUUAUUCUUGCAAUAGUAAGCUAAUUAAACCUGUCAUAUUCAGAGCAAUCCCUGAUCCUGUUGCUUUUUGGAGGCUUUAGAGGUUAGCUAUACCCUGUUGCCAUCACUUUUAGGUUGUUUUUAACCCUUUUUAAGGAUUUUUUUUUUGGUGGGUUGUAGCGAUUAGUGUUGCUUUAGUGCCCUUUGCUAAAAGUAGUAAAUUAGUAAAAGAUUUCUGGGCAAAACCCUUUUCAGCUUUGAGAAAGUAAAACAAGCUUUGGUGUUUGUGUAUUGUUGGAGGAUUUAUUGCAAUAUAUUUCUGAACAAACCCAAUCGAGCUUCGGAAGAAAAUAAGGAUUGGGUUUUUUGAGCUAUGGGGAGGUUCUAUGUAGUAUUGUGUUUGGCUCCUUGGUUCUUGAUGAUGGUUUCAGUGAGUGGAAUAGGGGCAAACUGGGGUACACAAGCAAGUCACCCUCUGUCACCAUCUAUAGUGGUGCAGAUGUUGAGAGACAAUGGGAUUCAGAAGGUGAAGUUGUUUGAUGCCGAGGACGCAACUCUCACCAUGCUGAAGAAGACCAACAUCGAGGUGAUGGUCGGCAUCCCCAACGAGCUUCUGCAGAGCCUGGCGACAAGUAUGAAGGCCGCGGAGAAUUGGGUGGCGAAAAAUGUCUCGGGGUAUGUUAGUGAUGGAGUUAACAUCAGAUAUGUUGCAGUCGGUAACGAGCCAUUCUUAAGCUCAUUCAAUGGUACAUUUCUCCAAAGCACAUUCCCCGCCCUCCAAAACAUCCAGAGCGCUCUGAUCAAAUCCGGCCUUGGCAACCAAGUAAAGGUCACCUGCCCCCUCAACGCCGACGUCUAUGAGUCCCCCUCUGGUAAGCCCUCCGAUGGUGACUUCCGCUCUGACAUCCGCCCGCUUAUGCUCACCAUCGUCAAGUUCCUCAGCGACAACGCCGCCCCCUUCACGGUCAACAUCUACCCCUUCAUCAGCCUCUACAGCGACCCGAGCUUCCCCGUAGACUAUGCCUUCUUCGACGGCACCUCGUCCCCGGUAACUGACAACAGUGCAACGUACACCAACAUGUUCGACGCAAACCACGACACUCUUGUGUGGGCCCUCAAGAAGAACGGCUUUGAUAACCUCCCCAUCAUCAUCGGCGAGAUCGGGUGGCCGACGGACGGCGACAUGAAUGCGAACAUCGAGUAUGCUCAGAAGUUUAACCAAGGAUUCUUGAAGCAUAUAUUGGCAGGUCAGGGGACACCGAUGAGGACCGGACCAAUUAAUGCCUACUUGUUUAGCUUGAUCGACGAGGACCAGAAGAGCAUACAGCCUGGUAACUUCGAAAGGCACUGGGGGUUGUUUUACUACGAUGGACAACCAAAGUAUCAGUUAAGUCUCGGAACAACUAAUACUGGCUUGGUUCGGGCAAAAGGGGUUCAGUAUCUCGAUAAGAAAUGGUGUGUUAUGAAGAAUUCAGUGAAUCUUGACGAUCCAAAGGUGGCGCCGAGCGUGAGUUAUGCGUGUGCGAAUGCAGACUGUACGAGCCUCGGCUAUAAGACAUCUUGUGGCGGUCUUGAUGCGCGAGGAAACAUAUCUUAUGCAUUCAACAGUUACUAUCAGAUGAACGAUCAGGACAAUCAGGCGUGCGGGUUCAAUAAUCUGGCGACGGUCACGAACAAGGACCCGUCAAUGGGGAUCUGUCGGUUUGAGAUUGAGAUCUUAGUCGAGGAUUCAGCAGCGUCGUUGAGAGCCUCGGCUAUGCUUGCUGUUGUUUGGUUCUUGUUGAUGUUUAUGUAGCCUCGUUUCCUGUCUUUGGUUUAUUUAUGAUUCGAAUGUUAUAAUUUACAUUUUGGAACAGGUUUCUGUAUAUUGAAAUGUGCAUACAGAUGUGAAAUUAUUUUGUA